UUUUCCUCACUGAUCCGCUCUCUGAUUCUCCAGCCAGAGCAGACAACGACAGCAAGCCACCUUCAAAACGAUGUCUUCUUUCUCCAAACGCAGCUUCCUGUCCUCAGGAGCAUAUCCUCGCUUACGUAGUGCUGGCAGUGUGUACGCGGGAGCAGGAGGAACUGGGGUCCGUAUCUCUAGUGCCUCUGCUCCUCGUUCCUUCUCUCCUGGUAGCGAUGCUGGCUUCAACCUGUCUGAUGCCAUUGAUGUGUCCGCAAAUGAGAAAGCCACCAUGCAAAACCUCAAUGACCGUCUGGCCUCCUACCUGGAGAAGGUGCGCUCCCUCGAGAAGGCUAAUGCUGAUCUUGAGCUGAAGAUCCGGCAGUUCAUUGAAAGCAAGGCCUCUCCUGAUGCUCGUGACUACAGUGCCUAUUAUGAUACAAUCAAUGACCUCCAGGGCAAGAUCCAGGAUGCCACACGUGUAAAUGGAAGCGUCUACCUGAGCAUUGAUAAUGCCAAGCUGGCUGCAGAUGACUUCAGGGUCAAAUAUGAGAAUGAGCUGAGCAUGAGGCAGUCUGUAGAGGCAGACAUUGCUGGCCUGAGGAGGGUGCUGGAUGAGCUGACAAUGUCCAGAUCUGAUCUGGAGAUGCAGAUUGAGGGUCUAAGAGAAGAGCUGAUCUUCCUCAAGAAGAACCACGAGGAGGAUCUCUUGGCAGUGCGCACCCAGAUGAGCGGACAAGUCAAUGUAGAGGUAGAUGCAGCACCACAGGAAGACCUGACAAAGGUCAUGUCUGAAAUCCGUGAGCACUACGAGGCCGUUGCUACCAAGAACCGCCAAGAACUUGAAGCUUGGUUCCAGAGUAAGAGUGAAGCCCUCAGCAAAGAAGUUGUUUUGAGCACAGAAACUCUACAGACGUCCCGAACUGAAAUCGCAGAGCUUAAACGCACACUCCAAAGUCUUGAAAUCGAGCUACAAUCACAGCUCAGUUUGAAAGCGUCACUGGAAGGCACUUUGGCAGACACAGAGAACCGCUACUCCUCCAUGUUAAACGGUUACCAAAUGCAGGUGACCAGCAUGGAGCAGCAGCUGGGACAGCUUCGUGGUGAUCUGGAGCGUCAACGGCAAGAGUAUCAGAUGCUUCUGGACAUCAAGACCAGACUGGAGAUGGAGAUUGCAGAGUACAGAAGACUGCUGGAUGGAGAGGUUCCAAGUGUCCCAAACACAAGCAAAACCUCAACUACACGCAAAGUGGUAACCAUUGUGGAAGAGAUAGUGGAUGGCAAAGUGGUCAGCACAUCCUCACAGUCAAGCGAGGUUGUGUCUCAGAAGCCCUCCUGAGCAAAAGCUAUCCACAUAAGAGUGAUGAAAAGCCAAUAAACUGGUCUAACUGUG